UCCUCAUCGUCAUUUCAUACCGGAUCCUCAAAGACGUCUGCCGUUCCACACUACCCGUAAACAUGGUGAAGAUAGUUCUGAUUGUUUUCGCUGCGAUUCUCGCCACUGCAUUCGCCUAUCCGGCCAACGUAGAACAAGGAGUGAUACUGUCGAGGUUAGCCAGAGAGGCCUCGCCAGAUCCGGGCCAUCAUCAUCGCGGAUAUGGCUAUGGUGGAUACGGGCAUGGUGGCUUCGGUUACGGUGGAUAUGGUGGAUACGGCCAUGGUGGUUACGGCGGAUACCCUGGAGGCUAUGGUGGCGGCUUUUCCGGAAGCUCGGCUCAUGCCGGCGCCAUCAGCUCUCCUUUCGGAUCCGCUGCCUUCUCCAGUGCGAAGGCUGGAUCUGUUGGAUACGGCCGAUAAAGCAUCGAUUGAAUUAUACGCUGACUCACGGGAACAUGGAAUCAUCCAGGCUCUUCGUUCGCACUUGUAUAAUAUUGUCUAAUUUGUAACUAAGUCUAUACAAUAAACUUUUAUACUAUUAAA